AUGUCUAGUCUUUCAGCAACGCCUGGAGGCUACUCUCAGCAUACGCCAUCACCAUAUUCAUUCUCGGUUGCUUCUACAAGGUUGAGCUCUAGACCGUCGUUUCACCUUUCAAAUCUCUUCCUCCGGUCCUUGUCCCUCGUUCUUUCAUCCGUUUCUGCUCUCUUGGUAGCUAGCCCAUCAAACACAAAGAACAGCAAUCAGAAGUCUAGUUUCUAUCAAAGCCCUGAACUGCUGUAUUGCUUUAUAGCGAUUGUAUCGGUUUUCACUUACUCAGCUUAUCAACUCUUCAAAGGUGUUAGUGAUAUCACUUACAGAGGUGUUCUCAUCUCAGACAUUGUCUCUGAUUACAGUAGCUUCCCUCUUGAUCAGUUGGCAGCUUACCUCCUCAUAUCAUCCUCUUCAGUAGCAGUAACAGCCAUUCAACAGAAUGAACUAAGUACGGCACUUAAACGGGCUACAAUUGUCUCUGUUUGCAUGUCCUUUGCAGCAUUUGUUGUCAAUGCCACUUGUGCUCUCUUAUCAGGCUACAAGCUCUGUACAAGAAUCAUAUGGUGAUGCUUCACGUCACAAAGGCUGUGGAUCUCCUAAGUCCUAUUUGGCUCAAUUCUUUGUAAGUCACUACAAGAAUCAUUUGCGCUUUAGUCACAAAGGCUAAGGAUCUCCUAUUUGGCUAAAUUCUUCAUAAAUCACUCAGAACAUCCCUUUCUUUGCUCU